AUGUUUCGAAGAAAAAUUCAAAUUCAUUUGUCUAAAAAUGUGUUAGAUUUAUAUAAAAAUGUGUAUCAAAUACAUUUUUGUGAGUACUCAAAUCAAAAAGUAAAUGGUAGGAUGAGAGUCUUGAAUGUUGCUGAAAAAAAUGAUGCUGCAAAAAACAUUGCUGGCCAUUUGUCUGGUGGCAAUCUUCAAAGAAGAGAAGGUUUUUCAAAAUUUAAUAAAAUAUACGAAUUUAGUCAUAGUUUUCAAGGGACACCCAGCACAAUGAUUAUGACAUCAGUGUCUGGUCACCUACUUGGAUAUGAAUUUCAAGGAUCAUAUCGUUCAUGGAGUUCAUGUUCUCCUCUUGAAUUAUUUGAUCUUCCUGUAGUUAAAGAAUGCCCUAAAGAUUAUUUAGAUAUCAAGAAAACACUGGAACGUGAAGUUCGAUCAUGCAAUGCCUUAGUAAUAUGGACUGAUGCUGAUAGAGAAGGAGAAAAUAUUGGGUUUGAAAUAAUUGAUGUUUGUAGAGAAGUUAAUCCAAGAAUUGAUGUUUACAGAGCUAUAUUAUCUGAAAUAACUAGACCAUCAGUACAAAGGGCUAUUACUAACUUAGGACCUCCGAAUAAAAAUGUCAGCGAUGCAGUUGAUGUGAGAAGUGAAUUAGAUUUAAGAAUUGGUGCAGCAUUUACUCGUUAUCAAACAAUGCGUUUACAAAAAGUGUUUCCUGAUAUAUUAGCUAAAAGUUUGAUAAGUUAUGGAAGUUGUCAAUUUCCUACAUUAGGAUUUGUUGUUGAACGGUAUAAAGAUAUUCAAAACUUUAUACCUGAACAAUUUUGGAAAAUAAAAGUUAAUCACAAAAUUGAGAAUUUAGAUGUAGAAUUUUCUUGGCAACGAGUAAGGUUAUUUGAUGAAACUUUUUGUAGAGUUCUUUUUGAACGCUGCCAGGAAAAUCCAACUGCUAUUGUAUUAAAAGUAACUAAAAAGCCUAAAUCUAAAUGGCGACCAGUACCUCUAGAUACUAUUGAGUUGGAAAAAGCUGCUAGUCGUAAACUUGGAAUAAACGCUAAAGAAACUAUGAAGAUUGCUGAAAAACUGUAUAGUCAAGGUUUUAUAAGCUACCCUAGGACUGAAACAAAUAUAUUUCCUAAAGAAUUAAACUUAUCAAAUUUAGUUCAGUUGCAAACAGAGGAUAACAAUUGGGGUGAUUUUGCACAAACAGUUUUAAAUGAUGGGCCUUCUCCGAGACAAGGAAAAAAGACUGAUCAAGCUCAUCCUCCAAUACAUCCUACUAAAUAUACACAAGGACUUCAAGAUAGAGAACGUAAAGUUUAUGAAUAUGUAGUUAGACAUUUCUUAGCUUGUUUAUCUAAAGAUGCAGAAGGAGAAGAAACUAUUGUAAAUAUUGAAAUAAAUGAUGAAAAGUUUUUAGCUAAUGGACUUCGAAUUAUAGCCUUAAAUUAUUUGGAAGUCUAUCCCUAUGAUAGAUGGUCUAAUAAACAGAUCCAUAAUUACCAUCAAGGUCAAUCAUUUAUGCCCACUGGAUUAGAAAUGACCGAUGGAUAUACUUGUGCCCCUAAUCUUCUUACUGAAGCUGAUCUAAUUUCUCUAAUGGAUAAGCAUGGCAUUGGUACUGAUGCUACACAUGCAGAACACAUUGAAACUAUUAAAUCCCGUUUGUAUGUUGGAUUAGAAAAUAAUAAAUACUUCAUUCCUGGUGAACUGGGAAUUGGUCUUGUUGAAGGAUAUGAUAAUAUGGGUUUUGAAAUGUCCAAACCACAUUUAAGAGCUGAACUCGAAGCAGACUUGAAAAAAAUAUGUGAAGGAAUUAAAUCACCAGUAAUGGUACUAAGAGAACAAAUAGCUAAAUAUAAAGAAGUAUUUAUAAAAACAACAGAACAAGUAGAAAAAUUAGACCAAUCUUUGGGAAAAUAUUUAAGAGCUCAACCUGUUGCUUUCCAAAAUAAUGGUCAACAUGAAUCGAUGUUUAGAAAAAAUAUUCGAAAGUGUCCUUCCUGUAAUCAAGCUGUCCUAGCAUUAAAACAAAAGCAAAAUAAUCAAGGAUUUUAUAUCACAUGUCUUGGAUACCCAGCUUGUAGAACUACAUUUUGGUUACCUCCUACUGUAGUUAAUGCAGAAGUCACUGAUAAUGUUUGUAACCAGUGUCCUGGAGAUAUAAAAUUAAUUAAAUUUCAAUUCAGUGUUAGAAGUAUGCGACCACAUUAUCAAGAUAUUCAUGAAGGUUGUAUUAACGGGUGCGAUUCUACAAUAUGUGAGAUACUUGGUGUUAAUAUAUCUCGGCCUUCGCCUUCCUCUUCAAAUACUCACUCUAGUAAUAGAAAUGUAACAUCAAGUCAAAAUAGAGGUCCUGUUCGAGAAAACAAUAUUCCUCGUCCAACAAAUAAUAUUCAAAGGACUUCUAUUAUUCAACCACUUAAUGAUCAAGUUUGCUGCCAAUGUGGUGAUGGCGCCAAACUAUUAACAGUUACCAGGGAAACACCUAAUAAAGGACGUCAGUUUUACGGAUGCUCUAAGCCAAUUUCUGCACCUGAUAGGUGUAAUUUCUUCUUAUGGGCAGAUGAUCAACCUGUGGCUACUGGUCAUCAAGCUCAAUUUAACAAUAGAUCUAAUACUCAAAACAAUAAUAGACCUAUGAAUAAUUCAUACAGAGCUAGACCUGGAAACAAUCAAUCAAAUUCUGGACAAAGAAAGUGUGGACUUUGUAAGCAAACAGGUCACACAAGAAGAAACUGUCCUAGAAAUUAAAGCUAUGAUCAAGAAUUUUUAAUGCAAUUUCAAUUUCCACUUAUGUGUUCUGUUCUUUAUGUCUUUAAUAAUUUAUAUUUAUUAUAAAUUAUAUAUUUCAGUGUUUAUGUAUAAAUACCAUUUAUAAAAUACUAACAUUCAUUAAAAAGUCUAAUUCAAAAUAUGUGAUUUAUAUUUUGCUCAUUAUAAUAAAUGGACUAUUCUAAUUGGAUUAGCUGAUUGUGCUUUUCUAUGGAUAAGGACAGAAUACUAAUUGUGUCAUGAUGCGUCAUUUUAUUAAACACUAUAUGUUAAUGUUAAAAUAUAUGAAAUAUUUAAUUGCCAGAUGUAAGAAAUUGCA